AUGGAACAAACUCUACGGCUUGCAGAGGCUGAUUUCUACAGUGUAAGUGUCAUUUUCUAUUAGAAAGCACGAAAGUGUUCUGUUUUUACAGGAUAGCGAGCACGAAGAGGAUUUUUCGCAGUUUUUCACUGACGACGAGGAAGCGCACAUUCCGCUCGAGAAAUCGCCCAUUGUAGAGCUUCCCGAAGAUUAUGGUGAGCUAAAAAUCUGGCGAAAUCUCACAUAUUAGAAUUUAUUUAGAUGCUCCGGUAGAGACUGCCGAGGAGAGACGAGACAUCGACGAUUCUCUUUUUGAUUCGCUACUGGGCGAGGCUUUGUCGGGAGAAGAAGUAAAUCCACCAAUCGACGGAUUGUUCGACGAUUUGGAUGAAGACGACGAGCCGGAGGAAAUCGACCGGAGUCAGCUGGAAGACAUCGAUAGUGGCAUCGGUCCGAGCCCAUCGGCUUCUGAAGAGUCUGCUGGCUCCCCAAGUACAAUAGACAUGAGCUCGAUCGCUAAUUAUUUGGAAUAUAUGAAAGAGGAGGAGCACGCCGUGCUUGUUGACGAAAUCCCCGAUUUUGCGUCAAAGAAGUGGGUGGAAAGUUUGAAAACUCUUAACUACGAUAUUUUUUCCAGAAACGUCUACGGCACCAGCUUCAGUGUUCGCACUGGAGCGAUCCAUCGUCCGCCUCGUUUCGAAUUCGCCCGACGAGACACCCAAUGGAUUGAUUCUUGCAAGGAUCUGACCUACGAGAAAAAGAAACCAGUUGACAAGCUACUCACCCUCGGGAAGGUUGUCUCGAGCAUCAAGCUCGGCACGAAGAUUGACGUUUGCGAUCGUCAGUACACCGACGUUUACUGCCGAACUGCGGAGGAAAUGGCUGCGAUGGAGACCCAUCACAUCCAGCAGAUCAUCCGCGACGCCUUCAAUUCCCGCCGUCUCGCCGUUCUCCUUCUGGGAGUAGACAAAAAGGGAAAAGUCACUGGGUGCCGUCUGAAUGCCGGAAAGCAGGACAAUCUGCGACUCGCUCUCGACACCGCCAUCCAAACCGAAUUCUCGCCGCCAAUCGAGAACGUUCUCGACGCCAUCGACAUUAAAUUCGCUCCGGUCGAAGACGUCGCCGACACAUUCUUCAUCGUCAUUCGUAUCAAGCAGCUUCGCAAUCAGACAUACCGUCUCGAGUCGGCGGUUUAAUCAGAUUUUGUACCAAAUUUGUAUUGUUCCUUUGUCUGUGUGACUCUGUUUUUUUCUGGUAAAACCCAUCGGGUUUUCUACUGAAAUUUUGUGACCGGUUUUAUGAAACACUUUGUUCGUUCUUCGCUCUGCCGGAUCACGGUUCUCGAUUCAGUUAGUAUGCUUCCUUUACCUUCUAAAGAAACGUGAAAGUUAGCGUGAUUAACAACAGCUUCUAAUUAUUUCUAUUGUCUCCCAAUAGCAAAAAUGAAUAGAAUGAGCAGGUCUUGUUACUACAAAAUCAAAUGAAUCUGUAAGUUGCAGCAGAUGUCGACGCGACAGUGCACUCUCCGAUACGGCACCUCAUUAAUGCCCUUUUUCGCGAAACAAAUCUCCGCGGUGCCUCCAACGGAAUCCGAUUUCGCCACGUCGACGCUCUUCCCCGAUCGGAGAAUCGCCGAAUCGCCGGAGCUCUCGGUGCUUCGCCGUCCGUCACUUUCGGCCGUUUUGUCGGCGAUCAGCGAUCAAAAAGCACUUUAUCUGUGGCAGAAAGCGCAAAUUGACGAGAUGGGCAUCUCCGCUUUCAAGGCGAGCAUGAAUGGUUCGGAAAAAGAAGACAAUUUUGCUGAAAACCUGUGAAUGUUGUAGAUCGAAUGGUUCUGGGCACGAAAGUUCACACAAAAUGCGAAGAAAUGCUGAAAUUGCGGGCGGCCGAUGCGAAUGAGCAGGAUCUUGUCAAACUUGUAUGAUCUUGGGAAACUCUUGACGAUUCAGAACAUACCCGAUUCAGAUCGACGUGGAGAAAAAUGCGGCAGUUCGAAAUUUCAUGAAGAGCGCUCUGCCGGUGAUUCUAGAAAUUCAGAAGCCGAAAACGGCGAUUUGUGAGCAGAAAGUGAGGCAUCCGAAGCUCGCCUAUCAGGGAAGAUUCGAUGCGGUCGUGCAGUACAAGUAGGCCACAAUUGAGGCGAUUCCUCGCCAUUAUAUCAGUGUUUCAGGGAAAACUGGAGCAUUUUAGACUGGAAAACCGCGCCAGCUCGAUCGUCAUUCAGUACACAAGGCGAGCACAGGUACUCCGCAUUCUCCCGAGAGAAAACCUGAUCCAUUGCGCGUAUUCCAGUCUCUCCUACGUCAGCUACGUCCGACAACUUGCCGCCUACGCAUCUGCCUACAAUUAUGACGUCAGAUUUCAAGAAUUUCCGAUUGUAAGCCCCAAAACCCCAGAUUCUUCUAAAUUAUAAAAUGUUUUCAGGCGAAGACUGGUGUUCUGGCCAGCCUGAAAGAGGACGGAUCGCCCGCAGACGUGUAUGAGAUUCCCGAAGCGGACAUGAAGCAGACGAUGGAAGAAGUUAAGGGGAAAUUAAAAGAAUUCUGGAAUCGAGUGAUGACGGCGGAAGGAAUCAACGUUGAUUUUGCCUAUAAACCUGCCAAUUAG